CAACGGGAGCGCGGGUUUCCACGGAACCGCAAACAGAGCCGGCGGCGCCUCUGCCCCGUCCCGCGUCCCGCGUCCCGCCCCGCUCCGACCGCGGCUUCCCGGGGAGAGGAGCCCGCAGGACCCCUCCUUUGGGACCCAUAGCAAAACUACAAAAGAGACUGGAGUCAGAGAACAAAAAACUAACCUUCACCAAUUUGCCAAUCUAAAAGGAAACACAACGGAGUUCAUACAACAUGUCUGUGCUGUCCAAUAAUCAUUCCGCCUCAUCGCAAGAAAUCCACAAUGCUGAAACAAUUACUGGGUCAAGGACACCAUCUCAACACACAGCAUCAACAUCUAAAAGUCUCUCUUCCAGCCCUGCCCGCCUUGUGCUGUCAGAAAGCUCUGACGAGGAUGAAGAAAACCCAAAGAAAAAUCCAUUUACAAUCCCAUCAGAUGCUGAUAUUUUUGCACUAAAGGACAAGGAAAUCAAAAAAGCAAAGGCGGAACAUGAAAGGAAGAAGACCUUGAAAGUCCAUGAGAAAACUACUUACUCCACCAAAAUAAAAGAAAAAAGUGGGUUGAUGAAAGCUCUGAAAAAGGAGGAAGAGGAGAGCAGAAAACAGCCAACAAGUGAAGAGAGACUGAAAGCUCUUCAGGAGAUUCUCUCACGGAAGUUAGGCAUGCAAAAAGAUUAUGCAUUAGAAAGGGAGACCUUCCAUGGCUACUUAAAUGACAGAAGAGAGAUCUUUUUUCUUGAGUAUGCCAUGGCAGUGAAGCGAGAUGAGAUUAAAAAGAUGGAGGACAUAGCAAAGAAUGAGGAAAAAAAACUGGAAAAGGCUGAGAAAAGGAUGGAGAAGGAUGCUGCCAUGUUUGAGGAGUUCCUGCAGGAGAACCAAAAUAACUCUGUCAAAGCCCUGAAAAUGGCCAAAGAAGAAACCUCAGCAAAGAGAAAGAAAAUAAUGGAGCUCCGGGCAAUCAAUUCCCAAAUAACAAAGGUCCAAGGUGAUAUAUCCAGAAUUCGGGAUACUCUGCAGGAGUACAAGAUGUACAGGGACAUCCUCUAUCAGCUGUCUCCAAAAGAGUGGCAGAAGGAACACGGAAAAAAGCACACAAAGGAUAAGGAUUUGAAAACAGAAUCCAGAGCUAAUGAAGGGAGCACCUCAUCUGCCCCCGGGGCAGAGCAGGACCAGGGUGUGACAGCCAGGACUGCCCAUACCGUCAGUUUUACAGAUAUGCCAAGUUCCCUGCUGUAUUCAGAAAGUUUGGAUUCCAGGUCACGUGAUAUCAGGCCACAGCUCAAACAGUUCCUGAAGCCUCUUUUAACAAGAGAACCAAGUUCCUUGGAGGACACAGAAAAUGAAAUCAGCUCGGAUGAAGAUGAGGAGCCUGAGUUGUAUUUUACUCAUCCCGAACAACUGCUGAUUACUCUCAUGAAGAUGCAGGAUGAGAACAUAUCCUUCAUCCAGAAUUCCCAGGAUAUUGAGGAAAGAUGGAACAAGGUCCAGCACACUUUCAUCACCACACAUGAAAGCAUGGAGAAGGAGUUAGCAGAGCUGAAACAGGAGGUAAACACCCUGCAGUCUGCUGUCGCCCAGGAAGAAGAGAGAGUAGCACAUCUGAAGCUCAGAGUCCACCUCUUUUCCUGUGGAGAACAUGAAGCUGAUGACCAGGACAAAAUACUCGCAAGCCUGAAGAACAAGGUGCUGGAAGUCUAUUCCCACUGCACUGGAGACAAUGAGACAAACCUGAAGACAAUAGAGAUGCUAAAAGUAAUAGAAAAACAGCUCAAUGAUUUACUGGAUAACCUGGAGGGAAUUCCAUCAUCACAGAUAGAAAAGGCUCAGAAAGCCAUAAAAAAGGAAAAGAGGGCAAGGCUCAGAGAGGAAAAGCUGAAACAGAAGCAGCAGCAGGAGGAAGGAUUGAAAAGGGACACGGAAAGAUUGCAUCCAACUGUAGAAAAAAAGGUAAGUGCAGUGAUUCUCACCUCAAUAGCCCACUUCGGGGAAGCCAGAGGCCAACACGGCAGCGAGGACACCCCAGCUCUGUCACACACCAAAGCACUGACAGCAUGGGUGACAGAGAACAGGUGCCAUGAGUCCCUGCCCUUUAGCCAAGAGAAAACAGAGGGUUCUGCAGGCUCCCGCUGGUAUUUCUUUGGCCUUCCAACUUCCCCUGCUCUUCCUGAGACAAAUGGCGGGAAGGUGGCGUUUCAUUCCAUCCCACCUGCCAGGAAGGAGAAGAAGACCAUCCAAGAACCAAUAGAUAAGGAGAAGGAAGAACAAAUGUAUUAUUUCUCUUGACAGCACAGCCUCAACCACAGCACGUAGGGAUGAAGCUGCUCUAGAACUAGUCUUGUAGAUCUACCUUCUGUCUUUGCUCAGUUGAACAACUUCAGUCCCAUGAAACUUCCUUCUUCUCCUAUUUGAAGACUCCAGGGAAAAUUUGCAACCUCUUUUCCUGCCCAUUGAUAUUUUGCCUAAGAAAAUAAAUAAAAAUUCUCUUAUUUUGCU